AUGACAACUGUCUAUGGGUAUUCAGAUUUUACAGAUGACCAACGAGCAAAAGAAAUAACUUUGGCUAUCAUCCUGACUCUACUGGGACUUGCCAUCCUGGCUAUUUUGUUAACAAGAUGGAUACAACGUAAGCAAAGUGAAAUGUGUGUCUCCAGUUACUGUUCAGAGCAAAGUGCUGGACUUCUGGACUGUGAGGAUGGUAGAGGAUCCCGACACACAUAUUCAACAGAAAGUGAUACUUCAUAUGAUAACCAAGAGGGAUCCAAACGAGAUUACACACCGUCAGCCAACUCUCUAGUGUCUAUGGCAUCUAAGUUCUCUGGACAACCAGAACUCACUCUUGUUUUGAUGUGUUUUAUUUUAGCACUGUCUCAAUCAAGUGUUGGUAGUAUUCAGUGUAUAAAAGGAACUGAAGAACCUCUGUUAAUUUCGCAGAGAACUGCAAGAAUACCUCAAGUCCACACCAUGGACAGUUCUGGAAAAAUCACACUGUUUCCUGUGGUUAUAUUGCCAGGUUACAUGGAUGAAGAACUUGCAAAAAAGUCAUGUUCCAAAAUCCAGAUUCUAAAAAGUGGAGACACUGCAAGGUCUCAGAACAGCCGAGAAGAAAACAAGGAAGCACUAAAGAAUAACAUCACAUUUAUGAAUUCUGUUGAAUGCUUGAUAGCAACACACAUAAAGGAGCCAAAAAGAGAAGGAAAAGGCACUGAUUUAGAGAAAAACAAGAUAGGAAUGAAGGUCAAGGUAGACAGUGACACUGGAAUACCAACAAGACAGAAAACCCAUCUAAAAAACAGUGAGAUGAAUGUACCAAAAGGACAGGGAGCCCAAAUAAAGAAGAAUGAGUCGGGUGUGCCAAAGGGACAAGAAUCCCAAAUAAAGAGGAGUGAGUCAGGUGUGCCAAAGGGACAAGAAGCCCAGGUAAAGAAGAGCAGGCCGGUUGUACUGAAAGGACAGGAAGUCCAAGUACAGAAGAGUGAGAUGGGUGUGCCAAGAAGACCAGAGUCCCAAGUAAAGAAGAGUGAGUCAGGUGUACUGAAAGGACAGGAAGCCCAAGUAGAGAAGAGUGAGGCAAAUGUAUCAAAAGGAGAGGAAACCCAAGAAAAGAAGAGUGAGUUGCAGGUACCAAAAGGACAAGAAGGCCAAGUAGAGAAGAGUGAGGCAGAUGUGCCAAAGAAACAGGAAGUCCCAGAAAAGAAGAGUGAGGCAGGUGUACUGAAAGGACCAGAAUCCCAAGUAAAGGACACUGAGGUCAAUAUACCAAAAGGACCGGAAUCCCAAGUGAAGAAGAGUGAGUCGGGUGUACUAAAAGGACAGGAAGCCCAAGAAAAAAAGGAGACUUUUGAAGAUAAAGGAAAUAAUGGUAAAGAAAAGGAAAGACAUGCAGAGAAAGAUCCAGAUAAAGAAGAAGAAGGUGAUAAAAACACAAAAGGUGAUGAAGGAAAAGGCAAACUUAAAGGAAAGAGAGAAUCAGAAAUCAGUGAUGAAAAAUCAGAAGACUUGAAAAGGGCAAAGGCAAGUAAAGGAAGGAAGGAAGACAAAAAAGUGGAAGAAUAA